AUGUCGAGGAAUUAUUCAUUAUCUGAUUUGAAAUACAUUAAACCAGUCACAUUAAGAUCAUGGUUCUCCAAUGGUUCCUCACCUCAUGGUAAAUUCUGUGUAGUUGACGUUCGAGAGUCUGAUUUUGUUGGUGGUAAUAUAAAAGGUUGCUAUCAUUAUCCAGCUGGUAACUUCCAUUAUACAUUAGAUGAAUUGUAUAAUAAAAUAUUUACCAACCAGAUAAAUGACGUUGUUUUCCAUUGUGCAUUGUCUCAAGUAAGAGGUCCCUCAAGUACAUUGAAAUUCUUAAGAGGAAUUGAUAAUGUCAAAAACCCUGAACUUAAGAGUUAUUUACUAAAUAAAAUCCACGUCUACGUGUUAAAAGGUGGUUUCACUAGAUGGCAACAACAUUAUGGAACAGAUAAUGCAGUGACAGAGGCGUACGAUAAAGAAAUUUGGGAGUUUGGAUUGUAA